CCGAAGUAUUCGGGUCCAUCCUGCAGCCUCAUAUGAUUAAUGUUAUUUAAAUAGCCAAGUGUGUGUAGAAAUAAUUGUAUAUACAGUACACCUAGUGGAGGUAGGUCGAUUGGAUUUUUUUCAGACUUUAGAUGCUCAGUUACUCAGUAAAUGCAUGCAUUUGUAUCAAAAUGUCCCCAAAUAAUUAUCAAUAGUUAUAUUCAUAUCCAUAUGUAGCUUAUUAUAGGUUUAUAUGUUGACUUAUUACAAAGUUAUUACCUGUGUGUGAUCACCUUUGCAAGAUAAUGUCCCUAAAUAGGACUUGUUCACUGUUUCAGACCAAGAUGCUACAAGGCUCAAAUAUAUUGGGGCAUGAGAGACCCCUGGUCAUCAGGGCAUCAUUCACCACCUGUGUUCUGGUUACUGUGUGCCUGCCACUGCUCGGACUAAUAACUUGUGUCUUCAUAUCCUUUGUUUUUCACUUUGAGGACUCUACCGGUACACACUGCCAGGUUCCUAAUUACCUGCCAUCUAUCAGUGCCUCGAUAAGCCUAAGUCCUGAGUGCCACAUAUGGCGGUUCUGUAUCGGACUGCACUCAGCACCGAGGUUCCUGGUGGCGUUCACCUACUUCAGUUUUUACAAGACGCGUUUUGCCUCGAGGUUCCCUGAGAGUCCGCUCAGCUGCUUGAACCUGGCCUUUUCUAUUACUGAGAACCUUGGCCUCUUGCUCCUCACAUAUGUAUCAUCCAGUGAGACAUACUUUGUACACAAGGAAGGUUUUGUCCUCUUCAUUUUCAGCUCCAUCAUCCACAUGCUGAUAACGUGCCGCUUAUGGAAGUCUAUUAAGAAGUAUUCAUUAAAUCCUGACGAUGCCAAGUCUCACCAUUGGAAAGUGCGUUUCUUACUUCUCAACGUAUCCUUCUGUGCUUUUGCUGGCUUCUUUUAUGUGAAACACAAUAUGUACUGUGAAUCAGGGAGUUACACACUCUUUGCCCUGUUUGAGUAUCUAGUGGUCUUCUCCAACAUGGCCUUCCAUCUCACAGCAGUGUGGGACUUCAAGAGCCGAGAGGUCAUGAUCGUUUCAUCCUCUGAAGAUAAAGACUUCUGACUAAAACUCAAGGACUAAGUGCUAAAUGUACUACCACUCAACCACUUGAUGGCAACAGCCUUGAUCCUGCUCAAGAGGAACAAUGGGAUGAAGGCCUUUUUCAUAUAUUUCCAAUGUGAGUCCUUAGAGGGCGUAGAUGUCAGACAAGUCUGAACAAAAUAUAUGCACAUGUGCUCCUGAUUGGUUAUUCAGUUAGCUGUAAGUGCAUUUUUUUUUUUUGCCUCUUUGUCUCAUUCAUGGAUGCCUUCACAAUACAUACAGUAAUGUAUUUCUGUAAUGUGAAAUUUCAACUUUUGUACAAUUUAAGAAAAAAGUGUGGUUAUACUGUAUGUGUGCCAAA